AUGGCUUAUGUUGGAGGAUCCAGCACGCAACAAUUCAGGCAAGUGGACUUCUCAAUCCCCAGCAUCCAGCUUAGCCAUCACACCCCCAACGGCACAACAAACACACAACUUGCCAGCCAGCUGGGCGGCGUCGAGAGCACCUCGAUGAUGCAGCUCUGGAGCCAGGAGCGCGAUCUCAACCGCCUCCCCUUCUCCGAGUGGCAGGCUAACCAGACCUCCUCCCACGACUCGUCUUCGCACUUUCAAAAUGGUCACAGAUCAAACGCCAAUGGCCGCUGA